GUGAUCCGCAGCGAGCUGUUUCACUAUGGGCCAUCUGGACAGAACAUUACGCUGGACAACCUGCAGCAACAUUUGGCCAUGUUGCACACCAUCGACGGCUGGAGUGGAUCUUGCGAAGCAGCUGAUGUCACGCACGCUUUAUGGUUGGGAACGGGACGCGACUGCGUCGGAAGUUUAUUGCUUGACAUGGCCGAGUACUGGGAUCGAUGCAAGCCAUUGGCAACCUACGAUGAAAGGCUCCUAGUCAUUUUGCACGAUUUCCAUGUUUGGUGUCGAGAGAGCGGCGCACGCCCAUCCGCAGUUGAUGAAAUGAGUAUCUUCCAUCAACAUCAUUAG